CAGCCCAGUGAGUCUCCCAGGCCACCUAACAGCAUAUGGUGUUUUUUUACAAAAGAGAGAGACUGUCUCCUUGACUUUGGACUUCGCUUGUUGAACCCCUGAACAGAACCAAGGUUGCUAAGAGACCACCUGUACUGCAUGCACUUUGUUCUAGCAAGAGCAGCCAGAGAGAAAACCAAGGAGCAGCGUGAUCUACCACUGCCUGGGAUUAAGUCAGGGAGCAGGAGAAUUUUGGCUAUGACGUGUAAAAACUGGAUGCUAAUUUCUACUACUACCCCCACAAGUCUGGAAGAUGAAAUUGUAGGAAGACUUCUAAAAAUUUUGUUUGUAAUCUUUGUUGACUUUCUGUCUAUAAUGUAUGUUGUUAUAACAUCUUAGAAAACGACUUCCCUUACUUUACGUGUGAAUUUCAUAUUGAACUCCUGUGAAUAAAUUUUUGUAAUUUAA